UAUCAAUCUGCCGUUAAUACGACCAGAAUCCCGGACACUCCAUUUUUCACUUCGUAAAGUCACGGUUGCCACACUCACGUGCCAUCCGGAAUCCACGGGUUCCGCCGCACCCUAAUAAACCCCCACUUAAUCAAGACCUCACUCGAUCUUAUACACAUGCUUCAAAUACUUUGAAACCAUGGCCCAAGUGCUGCGCAGAUAUGUUGCCCCCGCGGAAACCGCUCGUCAUAUUGCGACAAUCCUGGGGUUUCCCUCCAAGAUCUCAAUUGCUGCCGAGUACUACGAGGAUGCAUGCAAAGACAUCGCCAGUUUAGCUUCUGCGAUCUCUGCCUUUGAGCGAGUGCGUCUGUACACGCGCCCAGAAGACAUUCCAAAGGCACAAACUCUGGUUACCAAAAGUAUUGCCAAAUUUAACGGCACAGAUUCGAACAUCAGCAUCAUUCCGUUCAGCACGAAUCAUUUGUGGGUCCGCGACACCGGUCCCGUCUAUGUCUAUGGUACUGGGGCGCAUUCUAAAGAACGCUUUGCCGUCAACUUUCGAUUCAGUGAAUGGGGCAAGAAGGAUGAUAUCGCCGAUCAUUAUCGAGCUACAGAUAGCCUGGACUGGCCCAUUAUGGGACCGGACCAGAUCAAAGAGAACGCGGCUUUUGCACAGAACGUCAUCGCGAGCGACGUUUCUCCAGCUCCAGUAGUUAAGGUUGAGUCCAAGGUCUGCUUAGAGGGGGGCGCAUUAGUUCUAGACGGCGAUGGCACCCUCCUUGUGACAGAGAGCAGCGUCCUGAACGAGAACCGCAACCCGGGUCUGUCUCGGGCUGACAUCGAAGAGGAGCUGCAGCGCCUGCUGGGCGUUGAGAAGAUCAUCUGGUUCCCCGGGCGGAGGGAUCUCGAUGUCACCGAUGUCCACGCAGAUGCCGAGCUUAACUUUAUUCGGCCUGGUGUGGUGGUCCUCUCCAAACCACACCCCAGUGUACCCAAGCCUUGGCAAGAUGUGCACGAUGAGAUCCGAGACAUUUUGGACCGGACAGUCGAUGCAAAGGGGCGUCGCUUUGAGGUCCAUAUCGUGGACGAGCCGGAUCCCACUAUCUUUGGAUCUUUAUCGUACCCUGAUCCGGCAACGAAUUAUGUCAACUUUUACUUUGUCAAUGGCGGCCUCAUCCUCCCUCAAUUUGGGGAUCCGGUCGCGGAUUCAGCGGCACUUUCUACUUUGCAGAAGUUGUGCCCUGAACAUAAAGUCACCCCGGUUCCUGUCCGUGCCCUCCCAUUAGCUGGCGGUGUCGUACACUGCUCGACCCAGCCCGUGGUUGCGGUCGGCGAACAGUGAAAGAGUUGUCAACUAGAAGUUGGCUUCCCUUAACUCAGACCACAUAUAUCGCUCAUCUGGCCUCGUUGGAUUAAAAUCCGGGCCAUAACAUGACCUUCCCCGCUCAAUCACCAUUGUAUAUUUAUUAUGCGCAUAUCGGAUAUCAAAAAGAAAUUAAUGAAUCAAUGAUCCUCCAGAAUGCUUAAAGCUUAGAGAGGAACAUCAUUACCCAA